AAAUUGCAGACGAAUCUGCCGAGGAAACCAAGUCCAUCGGCAGCAACAAAAUAAAAUUCGCCGUCGAUUACGAAAUGAAUGGUAACGAGGAGGAGCUAUCUAUCGACGAGUCAGCGACCAAUGAUCAAAAAUUGAAGCCGAACGAAUUGACGGAGGUGGUUCAAGUCCAUCCGCCGCCUUCAGACACGAAUGACGGAAUUUCCCCGGAAACGCCAACACCGUCAACACCAACACCAUCGUUAACUACGUCCUCGGCACCACCUCCACCUCCGCCACCCCCUCUAGACACUCAGAUAUCCGUUUCUUCGAUUACUUCGACCAUGUCGACUGUUACAUUGAAGAGUAAUCAUUCAAUUAGCGGGAAAAACAACGAGAAGCAAGUGCAAGAGGAAUUGAAACAAGUGUUGACGAUAUUCCGCGAGAAGAAACAGCACUACGGUAUAAAUCGCGAACCACUCUUGGACCACUGUUCCACGCCCAGAGAAGUGCAACGUUGGUUGUCGGCCAAAAGAUUUUCAGAGAAAACUUGUAAACAGUUGAGAGACAUGACUGGUUCGGAGGUGUUCAACUUGACUAGAAGACAAUUGGAACAAUAUUGCGGUGUCGCGGAAGGCAGCAAACUCUACAGCGAAAUUUCAACAGCACGAAUUGAAAGCGAGAAGAGUCCACGAAUGUCAGAACUGAAGCAGAUAUUGGCGAAAGCUCGACACAGAGUUGAAGAAUAACGACGAAUCGUUCUCUACCAAAUACUCCAUAGAAGUAUACAAUAAGAAUUGUACAUAUCUUUCAAGUGUAUGUGUUGACAUCCAAAUCAAGAAAUGUAACAUCAAAUUACAUUUAGCAUAGAGUUUUCUUUCGUGAAAUUCUGCGAUGGCAUACGAUUAUGAGGAAUUAUCAGCAAUAUGUCACGUACGCCGGUAAAUACUUGAGUAUUUUUUUACAAACCAAAUACUUAACUGACGAUGAUAUUCUUUAUUUCAUUUUCUAUGAUAUGUUGACAUAUCCCAUUAAUGAUAAAAACAAUAAUCCAUGAGAAAGGCCAUACGUGUAUAUUAUAAGCAACAAAGUGAUAUUUCCAUUAACAGGAAAUUAAAAACCUUAGUUUAUUGAUGUCAAGUUUUUAUUUCAAGCGAUCACAUACAUUGUAACAGACAUAAAUAGGUACUCUAGCUGUAUCAUUUAUUAUAUCGAUAAACUAUACAUUUCUUUCGAAUACUCGACUCGAGGUCACGCAACGUGAACACAUUGAUAAUUAUAUUUCUUUCUUUUCUUUUUUUCGUUUAUAAAGAUAAAUCUGUUGUAAUAAAGCCCUUGCAAUAUUUCUCAUAUUUAAAUGACAAAUUUCCGUACAAACUUUCAUAGCGAAUUGGAAUACAAUAAUUCACCUACCAAGUGCGGUUUUGUAAAAAAAAACUUUUCACUAGAAAACAAAGAAACGAUAGUUAUCAUCGACGUGACAUGCACGAUAACGAUGUUACGAACGACAUAAUAACCCGUUUAAUAGUCUACAAACUGUAAAAAUUAAUGUGGAGACGAUGCUUUCCAUUAAAUUGUACGAUACAUUGAACGAAGUGAAAUCGUUUCUCAGUUAUUAUUCAGACUCCAAGCAGUCUUACGUAAUCACAUACAUUCAGCUGUAUAAUUAUUAUUUGAUGACAAAACGAUACAUUUCGAGACAUAUAAACAGAAUCCUCCUAAUAGAAUUGUUUUGCUAAAAUAAUUGCAACGUAUAGUCUGCAGAUGUCUACCAUAAAUCGUUUGAAAGUACAUUUGAAACGUAUUGCUUUCUGUGAUCCCUAAUAUGCGUGUAUAUAUAGAAACUCUUACAAACGUCUGCGAAAUUUCGAUACAAAAUCUACGUUGAAAAAACACCCAGGCAUCAUUGUCUUCGAUGCGGUCUAAUUGUAAGUUUCGCCCUAAAAAAAUGCGCCCCGAGAUUAAUCGCGAUACAGUUUCCUUUUAUAACUGUUACCAAUGAUACCAAACAUUUUGGUCAUUUACGAGUAGCUCAGAAAAGCCUCUUAUAGUCGUAAAAAUUUUCGAGUUCAUCCACCUUUACACGACAGUAAUUACGUAAUGAAUAUUUAUUAUGCGACGAUUAUUAUUGUUUAGUAUCAUUUUCCCUUAACGUUACUAUUAUUGUUAACUUUACUUUCGUAGACGUGCGUGUCUCGAGGAUUUGAUAAAUGUAACACUGAAUACUUUUUCAUUGACAGAGUUUU